AAACAAUCCUUUAAGAGUGCCCAAAGCUUGUCCGAGAAGCAGCAGGCCAUAGUUCAAAAGCGGCAGCAGCCGGCAGCUGAUCGCUUCCCGAAUCGAUCCCAGAUGGCCUUCUUCUCCGGCGGCCGGCGAGGCGGCGGCGGCGGCGGCGGCGUCCUCCUCCCUUCCACCUCCAAGCCCAAGCCCCUCCGCAAGCCCUCCUUAGCCGCCGCUCGCCGCCGGAGCCAUCUCCGCGACCUCCUGUCCCCCACCUCCACCUUCUUCGCCCUCGGCCUUUCCAUCUCCGUCCUCUUCUUCCUCGCCGUCGUCAUCGGCUACGGUGUCCCCAACUCCCUCUCCUCCUCCCCCUCCAAGCAGCGCCUCUUCCGCCGCCCCACCUUCCGGAGGUCCGCCGACGCCGGCGGCGCUGGCGGCGUGAAGGGGGGCGAGAUCGCGGCCGCCGCCGUGGACAUCACCACCAAGGAUCUGUACGACCGGAUCGAGUUCUCGGACGUGGAUGGUGGCGCGUGGAAGCAGGGGUGGAAGGUGACCUACGUUGGGAACGAGUGGGACAAGGAGAAAUUGAAGGUGUUUGUGGUGCCCCAUUCACAUAAUGAUCCCGGAUGGAAGCUGACGGUCGAGGAAUAUUACAAUCGCCAAUCUCGGCAUAUACUGGACACCAUCGUGGAGUCGCUUUCCAAGGACACGAGGCGCAAAUUCAUCUGGGAGGAGAUGUCAUAUUUGGAAAGAUGGUGGAGGGAUGCCUCAGAGCUUAAAAGGGAGAGAUUCACCAAGUUGGUCAAGAACGGGCAGUUAGAGAUUGUAGGAGGAGGUUGGGUGAUGAACGAUGAGGCCAACUCUCACUAUUUUGCUAUCAUAGAACAGAUGACGGAGGGUAACACAUGGCUAAACGAUACCAUUGGUGUUGUUCCAAAAAAUUCUUGGGCAAUAGAUCCAUUUGGUUAUUCAGCUACUAUGGCAUAUUUGCUCCGCCGUAUGGGUUUCCGUAACAUGGUUAUUCAGAGGACGCACUAUGAACUGAAAAAGGAGUUGGCUUUGCAAAGGAACCUUGAAUACAUAUGGAGGCAGAGCUGGGACAUGGAAGAAAGGACUGAUAUAUUUGUCCACAUGAUGCCAUUCUAUUCUUAUGAUAUUCCACAUACCUGUGGACCAGAGCCUGCUAUUUGUUGUCAGUUUGACUUUGCUCGGACACGUGGAUUUAGCUAUGAGUUCUGCCCAUGGAGAUUGGAUCCAAUUGAAACUAAUCCAAGUAAUGUGCAGGAGAGAGCAAUAACACUUUUAGACCAAUACAGGAAGAAAUCAACUUUAUACAGAACAAAUACACUUCUAGUUCCUUUAGGGGAUGAUUUCCGUUAUGUUAGCAUGGAUGAAGCAGAAGCCCAAUUUAGGAACUAUCAAAUGCUUUUUAAUUAUAUAAAUUCUAGUCCCAAUUUGAAUGCUGAAGUGAAGUUUGGCACUCUUGAAGAUUACUUCUGUACCCUUCGGGAGGAAGCAGAAAGAAUAAAUUUUUCCCAUCCUGGUGAGAUUGGAUCUGGAGAACUAGAAGGUUUCCCAUCUCUUUCAGGUGAUUUCUUUACAUAUGCUGACAGGAAUCAGGACUAUUGGAGUGGUUACUACGUUUCAAGACCAUUUUUUAAAGCAGUUGAUCGGGUACUAGAACAGACACUUCGUGCAUCCGAGAUGUUGGCUGCAUUAGUUUUGGGAUAUUGUCAGAAGUCUCAAUGUGCUAAAUUACCAGUCAGCUUCUCCCACAAAUUGACGGCUGCGAGGAGGAACCUAGCUCUUUUCCAGCAUCAUGAUGGGGUAACUGGUACUGCUAAGGAUCAUGUAGUAAAAGAUUAUGGUACACGAAUGCAUACUUCUUUGCAGGACUUGCAGAUAUUUAUGUCUAGAGCUGUGGAAGUUCUUCUAGGUGAUUUCCGUGAUAAAUCAGAUCCUACCUUAUUAUCACAGUUUGAGCCAGAGCAGACAAGGUCAAAGUAUGAUGUUCAUCCAACACAUAAGGUCCUUGAUGUGCAUGAAAAUCAUGCACAUUCUGUGGUAUUCUUUAAUCCGUUGGAGCAAACAAGGGAUGAGGUUGUAAUGGUGGUUGUAACUAAGCCUGACAUAUUUGUACAGGAUUCCAAUGGGUCAUGUGUGAAGAGCCAAAUUUCUCCUGAGUGGCAGCAUGAUAGCAAGGGAAAAAUUUCUACUGGGCGGCAUCGUCUUUAUUGGAGAGCUUCUGUUCCCGCCAUGGGGUUGGAGACCUACUUUAUUUCCCGUGGACAUAAAGAAUGUGAAAAAGCUAUACAUGCUGAGCUGAAAAUGUUUCCAGAAUCAGAUUCAUCAUCUUGCCCUCCUCCUUAUGUCUGUUCAAAACUAGAAGGGGAAAAGGCAGAGAUCCAUGGUCUUCAUCACACUCUCACAUUUGAUUUAAAACAUGGUCUCCUGCAGAAGAUAAGCCAUAGGGAUGGCAAACAAACUGUUGUUGGGGAAGAAAUAGGCAUUUACAGGAGCUCGGGAAGUGGGGCUUAUUUGUUUAAACCAAAUGGAGAAGCUCAACCCAUUACUGAAAAGGGUGGGUCCCUGAUUAUAUCUGAAGGUCCUUUGGUGCAAGAAUCUUACUCUAUUCCAAAGACCAUGUGGGAGAAAACUCCAAUCUCUCAUAGCACACGGAUUUAUAGUGGAGAGAAUACCGUACAAGAAUUGCUUAUUGAGAAGGAAUACCAUGUUGAACUCCUUGGUUCUGAUUUCAGUGACAGAGAACUGAUAGCUAGAUUCAAGACAAAUAUCGACAAUGAGAGGGUUUUUUACUCUGAUCUAAAUGGCUUUCAGAUGAUCAGGAGACAGACUUAUGAUAAAAUCCCUUUGCAGGGAAAUUACUACCCUAUACCUUCACUUGCAUUCUUGCAGGAUUCGUUAGGCCGCCGCUUCUCAGUCCAUUCUAAGCAGCCAUUGGGGGCUGCAAGCCUUAAAAAUGGGUGGCUUGAAAUUAUGUUGGAUCGCCGUUUGGUCUAUGAUGAUGGCCGUGGUCUGGGUCAAGGGGUAAUGGAUAACCGUCCUGUGAAUGUGCUCUUUCAUAUCCUCACAGAGCACAACGUCUCUGCAUUGCCUUCUGCACAUGCAUUGUUGAAUCUCCAGCCAUCUCUUCUCUCCCAUCGAGUAGGUGCCCACUUCAACUACCCAAUGCAUGCAUUUGUAAGCAGGAAACCGCUGGAAAACUCCUUGAAGACAUACUACAAAUCAUUCACACCAUUGGCUGCACCCUUACCAUGUGACUUACAUAUUGUAAAUUUCAAAGUCCCACAGCCCCUAAAGUUUCCCCAGGUACAGCCUUCAGAUUCUAGAUUUGUUAUUCUGUUGCGCAGGAGGGGGUGGGAUGCUUCAUAUUGCAGAAGGGGUGGACUUCAGUGUUCGAAUAUAGGGGAUGAGCCUGUCAAUCUGUUCUACAUGUUCAAAGAUCUAGUUGUCUCUAAUGUGAAGGCGACUUCCUUGAAUCUCCUACAUGAUGAUACGGAGAUGCCAGGGUACAUCGAGCAGUUGGGAGAUGUAGCUCAAGAAGGUAAUGUGCUAAUAUCUCCCAUGGGAAUACAAGCGUACAAAUUUGAGCUGCAGUCACAGUUGGAAGUAUAAGCAGGACGCAAGCUUUACAUUCUUUCCAGGCUAUCCCCUGGAAGGUGAUUGACUAAGCUUGACUGAGGUCUGCUACUCGCCAAUCAUACCUGGUAUCACUAACUGGGACGAGAUUUUGGAAGGUGCUGCACAAUUUGUUUGAAAUUUGUGAAGUUGGGUCACCUGCGUAUGUCCUUGUAACGAUAUUGUGCUUUUGCGAAAGACUAAAAGAAUAAAAUCAAUAGAGAAGCAACUUUUACAGGUUUCUGAAUCUUAGAUUGGCGAUGCAGCAUGUGGAGCUCUGUUGGGAUGCCGAUUGCUGGUUAACUUUAAAUCAUCUUCGGAGCAGCUUCUUUGGAGUUUUUUUUAGAAUUUCUUUAGAAAAAUUAGGUGCUCUUGCAACUUAUAUGCUAAGUGAACUGUUUGGAAUUGCUUUACAAAAUCUGCUCUUACAUAGUUACAUGAUGAAGAGGUGCUGAUGAUGAGAUUCUGGCAA